AUGGGUUCCAUCAAUAGGACUGAAGCUUGGUUCGUUAAGAUCGCUUGCACCGUCUUCGUUCGUUACAAUUCAUUCGACCGUUUUUUGUUUUAUUUCAGGAAGCAUUUAACUCCAAAUCUAGUUUCUGAGAUUGUUCGUUUUAGGUUUAACAAUUUCCCUUCGUUAGGUUUUAAGGUUGUUGAAUUCAGUAGGCAGAAGUUGCAGAUGAAACAUAGUUAUUGGACUUAUAGUAUGUUAAUGAGAUCACUUUGUGAAUCAAAUUGUCACGUUUCGGCGAAAUUGGUUUACGAUUGGAUGAGAUUUGAUGGGCAGGUUCCGGAUAAUUGGUUGUUAGGGUUUUUGGUUUCGUCGUAUGCGUUGAUUGGUAGGUUUGAUGUUUCUAAAGAAUUGCUUGCUGAUGUGCAGUGUAGUAAUGUUGGAGUGAAUGCCGUUGUUUACAACAAUUUGUUUAAUGUUUUGAUUAAACAGAGUAAAGGUUUGUGUAGGGCUGGAGAGAUUGACGAGGCUUUUAAGCUUCUUAGCGAUUUGAGGAGUUUUGGUUGUGCGAUUGAUGUGAUUACUUAUAAUACUAUUAUUCAUGGUUUGUGCCGAGUUAGUGAGGUUGAUAGAGCUAGAAGUUUGCUAAAUGAGGUUUGUGUGAAAGGGGAAGUGGUGCCUGAUGUAGUUAGUUAUACGACGAUAAUAUCAGGUUAUUGCAAGAUGAAUAAGAUGGAGGAGGCAUCUUUGCUUUUUGAUGAAAUGAUUAGGUCGGGAACUACGCCUAAUACAUAUACUUUUAAUGUUCUUAUUGAUGGAUUUGUUAAGUUGGGUGACAUUGUUUCCUCGUUAGCCUUGUAUCGGAAGAUGCUUUUUCCUGGCUGUUAUCCCGAUGUUGUUACUUUCACUUCUCUCAUUAAUGGCUAUUUUGUUAUUGGCCAAGUGAAAUAUGCCAUGGAAAUGUGGGAUGAGAUGAAUAGAAGAAACAUUGCUGCAAGUUUGCAUACUUUCUCUGUUCUUGUCAAUGGUUUUUGCAAGAACAACAGAUUGCACGAGGCUCGUGACGUUUUGAGAAAACUGAAGCAGAGUGACAUUGUUCCACAGCCAUUUGUCUACAAUCCUGUUAUUGAUGGAUAUUGUAAAUCAGGGAAUGUAGACGAGGCGAAUAAAAUUCUUGCUGAGAUGGAGGGGAAGAGGUGCAAGCCGGAUAAGUUGACAUUUACCAUUCUUAUUAUUGGACAUUGUUCAAAAGGGAGAAUGGCCGAAGCAAUCACUAUCUUUGAUAAGAUGUUGGCAGUAUGUUGUGCACCUGACGAAAUCACUAUAAAUAAUUUAAGAUCUUGUCUUUUGAAGGCUGGAAUGCCUGCUGAAGCUGCCCGAGUUAAAGAAGCUCUAUGUCAGGACAACACACUGAGUACUUCAUUGAAGAAGAAAUGUUUUCAUGAAAGUACAAAUGCAGAUAUACCCAUUGCUGUUUAUUGA